AUGAGUAAGAUUCUAAAGAAAGGAAGCAAAUUAAUUGAAACAAUCCAGAACUCGGUUCCAAUGGAGAAACUAGUUGGUCUGCAGGACUUUUAUCUAAUGAAGAGUGGAACACAGUUUGCAAUCAGAGAUGUGCAGGCAUACCACAUAAAGAACACAGACAUGGUCCUUGUUCUUGGGCCUCUCGACCUAGCAGUGAACACUGCAAAGCAGGCCGCAGAGAAAAGAAAGGCAAGACUAGCAGAGCUCGCAAAGCACGAACAGGCACACCAGCACCAGCACAGCCACAAGGAGGAGGAGCACGAUGAAGAGUGCGAUGACGUAGUUGAAGACGCGCCAGAAGAGAAGACAGAAGCUUUCCCAGAAGUGUCCAUGACAGAAGACGACAUUGAAGUAGUGAUGGGACAGGGUGAAGUAUCAAGGGAAGAAGCCAUCAAGCUGCUUAAAGAGAAUGGAGGAGACCCAUUGGCCACUCUGAUGACGCUAGGCAAAUAA